AUGUCUUCCUCGUCCUCUUCAUCGGAAUCAUGUGAAGAUAUCAUUGAACAUAUUGAUAUGAUCAUGAAUGAUGUUUGUAGAUUUAGGGGUGUUGUUCAGAAAUUAUUCUCGGACGUUAAUCCUCAUAAUCGAUCAUUUAUGAGCGUGAGCACUCCUUUGACAGCAGGUUAUUCGGAGACUCCUGUUGUACGGAAUCAAAUCUCAACUCUUCUGCAGUCUGCAAAAUUACAUUUGGAUAUUAUCAAGAAUAUUGAUGCUCGGCUCAAACAAAAGAAAACACCUAUCCGAACGAUUCUACUCGGUGAACCCGACAGAUCGGGAAUGGAUAAGAUGAAAAGCAAAAUUGAUGCUAGCUUGCAUUCCAUUUCAAAACAUUUGGAAAAGAAAAGAUUCAAGACCUAUGAUGUCGAAGAAUCAGAUGAGUUUGAACCUCAAAAGAAGGAAAAAACAUUGGUCUCUCCCAGUUCGAAAAUUCAAAAAAUGCUUUCCAGAGAGGAGUCAUCCUUCAAGGAUUGUGGUGAAAUACUGACAGAACUAAAAACUGGACGAGCCAGAGAAUUCUUUUCUGUGAUGGAUCUGGUUAAAAUGAUCAAAACAAGUGACAAUUGCUCAUCAGCUUAUAUCAAACUUGCUGACCUAUUUAUUGUAAAUAUUAUUUUAAAAGACAAUGUUCCUUUGCAAGCAACUGUAUUCUCUGUGGAUGAACCAAUAUUUGACAUCUCAACAUCGAGACACAAAAUCAAUAGACAAAUUAGUAAGAUAUGCUGUCAAGCGUUAGAUUAUUAUCGCUCUCAUCCAGUCUAUAAGAAUUAUCCAUUCCAAGCAUUUAUGAUUUAUUUCGCUCACUAUCGACGAUUCAUGACAGAGAAAUGUGCAUACUGUGAAACUAUUAUGGCACCACCUAAUAUUAUGGAAAUUCCAUUCUUUAGAGAUUUUGAAACAACCAAACCUUAUCACAUGCAUCACAUUCCAGUGACGAGACGAUUUGAUUUGGGUCUUCCAGGUACCGAAGAAUAUAGACCAAAAGAUUCCAUUAAGAAAACUUCCGCAACGUCGUCUAGUGAUAUUAACACACCCAUGAGUGUUUCAGCAACUCAAACACCACUGCCUUCUUCAUCAUCCAAGAUGGAUGUGACAAGUGGCGUUGAAGAGUAA